AUGGUAAACAGCUACCUGCUGAUUGCACUCAAGAGUUCGGAUGGCCUCUCCUGGCAACCUCGCUAUACUCUGCUGAAGAAUCUGAUUGUCAGCGACCUAUUGCUGUCUCUCGCUCUGUCAUCUACAGUUCUGCGCUGCCUGCUAACCAGACACACCCUGGUGUUUGGAGGCUGGUGUUUAAUCCAGUUAUCUAUCUAUAGCACAGGAGUCCUCUGCUCUCUGUUCACUCUGACCCUCAUGGCCGUGGAGCGCUUCAUCUUCAUAUGCCACGGCCUCCGUUACAUAGUCAUCUUGACCUCCAGGCGACUACGUCUGGCCAUAGCACUGACCUGGGUGUUUUCUGGCACGGUGGCUGCUGUCCGAGUGGGUCUUCUAUUCUCUGGACAAACCUCUUUUGGUAGAGCCGUUCCAGGACUACUAUGUGAGCCAGGAACCAUGAGUAAACUUCCUGGCGUUCACUGGGCAAAGAAGAGGUUCGACAUUGUCACUAUCAUCAUUGUGCUCCUCGCCUGCAUCUUGACGUUCUCUAUCUCCUACAGACGCAUGUAUCAGGCAGCCCGCAGAGCCGUGGAACCAUUCCACUCGGACAACAGUAGAGCCCGUCACACCAUAAGCUUCUAUUUCUUCAUGUUCUUCCUGCAACUGCUGCCUAUCAUGGGGAAUAUAGCCAGGAAAACAAUGUCCAUAACACCUCCUGACCAUUUGUCACUGCCAGAGCGUACCAUGUUAUUAUCUGUUGUGGUGGUGUUCAUGGUACCACCAUGCAUCAACCCUCUUGCCUACGGUAUUCGAAACAUCGAGGUACGGCACAAACUGGCCCAGCUGUUCAGACUGCACCAAGGGAGGCAGGAAGAAGGGGCCUAUCCCUCCCAGGUAGCUGGUGAUCUUGCUGUUCAGUGUUUUAACUGA